AUGGCGUUGUACCCACUAAACUUCACUUCAAUACGUCAACUGCUUGAAGAUCCUUCGGUAUUGGACGGGAAGCGCACCGAGAUGCGCUACGAUUCAUUCCGUGAAGUCGAAGCUGGUGAGCUUCCUGCCGUUGCUCAUAGGAAUUUACUGUCAGCGAUAGAUUGGGUCGAUCAUCUAUUCGACAUCAUUGACAUUCAGAAUCUCGACGAUAAGGUGGCGACGGUGAAGCACUGUUUCGCUCCACUGAUGGUCUUCGGCUAUAGUGUCGUGACUGCCAAGAACACUAAACAACCGGAUAUUGUUUGUGUUUGCAAUUUUGGCCACGUUAAACGGGAUUGCUGUCUACGGUGGACUGAACCAUAG